UCCUUCAAAAAAUCCAUCAUCUAAUUUUCCAUACACCUAUCCAGUGUCUCUCCUGGUUCUGGGAUCUGUGCUCUUCCUGGCCUUAGUGCUUCUGGUUGUGCUGUUUUAUCAGAACAGAGUGCUCAGGAGAGUGAUUUCUAAGGCGAGGAGGAAGACUCUGCUUGAGGCAGUCUAUGAAGAGAUUAACCAUAAAUGUGUCACUAACAGAUAUACUAAAAGAGGAAGUUUUAUCUCUGAAGAUCAGCAUUCAGGAUAUGAGGACGUAGAUGAGGAGCUUCUCUCAGAAAACUAUGGCGAGGUCUAUGAUGAUAUCAUACCUGCUGAAGAGAGCCCACACAUUACAACAGACAGUGUGAGGUUGGUGGAUGGUGGAAGUCGCUGUGCUGGGAGAGUGGAGGUUCUUCAUAGAGGACAGUGGGGAACAGUGUGUGAUGAUUACUGGGAUAUGAGAGAUGCUGCAGUGGUGUGUAGAGAGCUGGGCUGUGGGGAAGCCAUAGAUGCACCACGGAGAGCUCGCUUUGGAUCAGGAUCAGGACCGAUCUGGGUGGAAUAUGCUAACUGUGCUGGAUCAGAGUCUUCACUGAAGAACUGUAGGUCGUAUGAUUGGGGUAGACAGAGAUGUAAUCAUGAUGAAGACGCUGGUGCUGUUUGUGCAGAAGUCAGACUGGUGGGCAGAUCUCGCUGCUCUGGGAGAGUGGAGGUUCUUCAUGGAGAGAGCUGGGUCACAGUGUGUGAUGCUGACUUUGACCAGCAGGGUGCAGAGGUUGUGUGUCGAGAGCUGGGCUGUGGUUCUCCUGUGGAGGUUCUGGGAGCAGCUGCUUUUGGUAGAGUGGCGGGUCAGGUGUGGUCAGAGGAGCUUCAGUGUAGAGGAAACAAAUCUCAGAUUCACUUCUGUCCAAAAUCAUCUUCACUCAAACACAACUGCUCCCAUGAUAAUGAUGUGGGACUGGCAUGUUCUGGUAGGUAUUUCACUUCCUUUUGUCAAUUUCACACAAAACACUGACAAAAACACACAUCCACCAAAUUCAGAUAACAGACAGGUGACGGAGACAUAAUAAAGGAAUUAUAGGAAUAAUAAAUUAUUUCAUUUAGA